AUGGUUGAUGUUGCAACGGCCAGGAUUGUGCUGGGCAGUGAGGUGGAAUGCGAAGCCAAUUGUGGGCAAGAGCAGCUGGACCUGCUCAGGCGUUUCCACCUGGGCAUUCCAGCUUUGCUUGGACAAGGCCGAAUGAUGCCCUCCUGGGCUCUGUGCGUUCAUGCUCAGGCACUGGGCCGCAUCGAGUUAGAUGCUUCGAAGAUCGAAUGCUUGAGCGUUGCCAAGCUUCCGGGCCUCGAGCGUGUCUUGGGAGGCAUGCUGGACCCAAUUGGUCUUUACAAUCAGCAGAUGGAGGUGAUUGAUGCCUUCCCGUUUCCAGAGUCCUGCGCUGAGAAAGCUCUGGUAUCUCUGGUUGCGCGUGCUGCAGACAGAUCCAAGGUCAUCAUUUCUCCCAUCCGCACUGCAGCAACUCGCUUUGACAUGGUGCUGAGGGUGCUCGAAGUAGCUGGCGCAGCUGGCAGCUGGCUGGCUUUUCUAGGCUACACACUGUAUGACCCCAAUCCGCUCACGAAGACCUCCUUCAGACCUUCGUCCAUGCCAGCAUAUCGUGACGAUUUCCAACCACUAGGGACUGCCUAUGGUGAACGGCCACAAGGCUAUGGAUGUCAUCGCAACCCUGCCUGGGACGAGACUUUGCGUCUUCCGCGAAAUCCAUUUCCAGGCAGUCGAGCUAGAGAGAUGACAUACUUGCGAGAGUUCGCAGAGAUAGGAUUGGAGCUAAUAGGAAUCCUGCUCUUGUCUGCACCACUUCUAGGAGAGUCCUCUCACGAAGAAGAACUUCCGGCCAGCACACUUGCCAGCUCUUCGGGAGGAUAUGGGUGCCAUCGCAACCUCAUUUGGGAUGAGUCGCUGCGUAUGCCGCGAAAUCCGUUCGCCGGAAAGCCCAAUCGAGAGAUGACAUACAUCAAGGAGGUCCCUUUGUCAACGCCCCGAAGGCUUGCACAGUGGGACAUGCAGCGCACCAUGCGCGGCGCAUCCACGCCGCGGAAGAAUUUCACGCCGAUGCUGCCUGAACUGAAUCAGAGACAUCGAGAUGUGCUGGACAAGUCAGCAGAUGAGCUUGCUCAAAUGAUGAAGCUUUUUGAGGACUAG